AUGCCACUAAAAAACCAGCAAGGAAAAAAAAUUAACAACAGGGGCACGCCACAGUAUUUUAAAAUAUAUUCACAUAAUUUUCCUUCAUUUUUUCCUUUCCCGUUUCUUUUUUUUUUAAAUUCUCUCACACUGCUCGUCUCAGUUCGUCAAUUUUUUUUUUCGCUCUUCUUUCCAUUUAACUCCUUUUUUUUUUACUUUUCCUCCUCCCUUUUUUCUUUUUUUAUUUCUAACAUGCCACACCUCUCAAACGGCUAUGAUUAUCAUUGUGAUUCUCUCCUUUUUACUAUACCAUCUUCAUAA